AACACAUGUUUAUCUAAGGUAUUCCAAAGAACUUCGAAGGGUUUAAUUAAUGACUACAAAAUGGCCUUGAAAUGUGUAUUCGUAUUUGCUUCAGUUCUAGCGUGCUCAUAUGCGCUAUUGUUGAAUAAUUUAACACCGCCAGAACUCGAACAGUUAAAAGCCGAAAUCAAAGCUGAUAUAAUGAAGGAAAUAACUUCUGAAUUGCCAAUUCAAAUAUCGAAUGGAUUAAAAUCUAACACAACACGACAUAUUAUCUCUGAAAUUGUGAAACAAAUGUCUUCAGACUCGCACAUCGCUUUCAUGGCUGGUUUAUCUAACUCAAUAACCAAUCCAUCUAAUGGACAACACAUCAUAUUUGACAAAGUACAAGUAAAUGAUGGUGGCUGUUAUAAUUCUCGACAUGGAAUAUUUGUGGCAUCAGUAUCUGGACUGUAUACUUUCACACUAAACAUCGCCUCACAACAUCAAUCAACAAGCCACUCGCGGUGGUCCGAGAUAAACCAUUGGGAUAUAUAUUUUUAG